UUCCGGUGACUACUUCCUGUUUCAAAGGCUGUCUGCUAUUUUGCCCUGACAACAAUUACGGAAACCUUGUGCUUCGAUAAUAAGGAAAUGCCAGCAUCAACAGACUAGAGGACACAAGAUUUGGUCAGUAUGAUGGCAGCCAUCCUGUCUACCAAGCAGCUUUGUUCCAACGUGAUGGCAGCCUUUCUGUCCAACUGGUGAAUCGUGAAAAAAAACCAGUCCAUCAUUCCUCCACAUAAUGGUGUCAACAGUCAACACAACAAUCGAUGUCACCACUCUACAGUCUGAUGCAAAAACAGAGAAGUCAUCAGGACAAGUCCUUGCCUAUAUACUUAUCCCCAUUGGAUCUGUGAUUUUUAUUGGACUUGUCAUCAUUGUGACUGUGUUGGUGCUUAAGAAAAACAGACUGGACCGUCUCCGCCACCAUCUGAUGCCACUGUACAGCUUCGACCCGGGGGAUGAGAACGGGGACUGGGAGUCGGAGCUCCUGGAGGAGGAGAGAGAGCAGCAGAUGAGGCUCAGGAUGGAGAGUCCAAGUCCACCAGACUCCCCCAAGAUUCCUCUCACAUCUAUGCAUUCUGAGUUGUGAUGUAUACACAACAUUCUGAAGAAGACAUGUGACGUAUACAACUUUCCACUCAAGACUUGGGCACACGACAUUCCACAAAAGCCUUGAGAUGUGUACACAACAUUCCACACAAGAGUUUAGAUGUAUACACGACAUUCUACACAAGACUUGAGACGUGUAGACGACAUUCCACACUAGAGUUUAGAUGUAUACACGACAUUCCACACAAGAUCUGAGACGCGUAGACGACAUUCAACACAAGAGUUUAGAUUUAUACACAUUCUACAGAGGACCCAGGGGUAGUUUUAACUCCCGCAAACUCCUCGCACCAAGUGCAACCUCAGAUUCACCGAUGAUAGGAUGGUUGUACAACUGUUAUAGAACUGCUCCACACAGCCUACGCAGAGGGACAUACAGUGUGUGGAGCUCAUUUGCAUUUAUCUAGGAUUAGUUUCUCGUCAGGAAAAGAAACAACUUUCUGUACCUAAAAUAAUACCCCUGAUUCUGUGGCACUGGAUCACAAAAAGAACCUGAUUUCAACUUUCAGACAAACUCUAAAAAUCUAAAAAACAGUUGCAUCAGUCAGAAAUCAGCUCUCUAGGCUAUUGGUUCCCAGCAACCUACGCUGGUCGUGAGAAGUGGUGCAUUGUGGGUCAUUGUACCCCAAUGCUGUGGAUUGUUGAUUGUCAGAUCAAGUCCGUGAUUGACUGGUCCAGACCUGAUUAUUUACAGGCCACCGUCAUAUAGCAGUAAUGGGGCUGAGUGUGGCCUUAAACAACAAACAAACAAUUUAAAAAGAUUAGGCUUCAUUCAUUAACCACCUCAAUUCAGAAAUGUUGAUUUGAUAACAGAAACCCACACACAACACAAUCAUACAGUGCACCUUUUUAGUGUGAAUGCCAUGAAAUGACAUAUGUAUCAAAUAUUGACGAUAUGAUCGCGCAGUCUUUAUUAUUUUGCAUUUGGAACAUACAGAAAUCAGAGUUUCAGGAAUGAGAAUUUAGAAGCCUGGACACUGAUUGGCUGAUCAGAAAGCUUGCUUGAUUAGACCUAUGGAGAGGCUGUCAGGCCUUCUUUCCCUGUUGUAUCGGAGUAACAGAUUUUUGAUGAGAUUAUAGAAAUAACAGCCAUCUUUGCAACACAUAGCAACAGUCAUUUUAAUCUGUGGACCAGUUGGGGUUUUCAACUUAAUUGUCAAAUGUUUCUAUAUCAUGUAUCUAUAUUGUACCAUGAGCUAUAUUGUACAAAAUGUUUUUAAUUUGCCUUUGAUGAAACUUGUAACUUGUAAGCCUCAUGUCGACCUCUGACACCUCUCAAGCAUUCCACUCAUCAGUCAUGACAUCACCCGGUAACAUGACAUCAGCUGACUCUCAGACGUAAGCCCGUAGAAAGUCGUUACCAUGGUUACAGUUCAGGAGGAAGUGGAUACAGUUUCAGGAGGAAGAUAAAGUCGUUACCAUGGUUACAGUUCAGGAGGAAGUGGUUACAGUUUCAGGAGGAAGAUAAAGUCGUUACCAUGGUUACAGUUCAGGAGGAAGUGGUUACAGUUUCAGAAGAUUUAAAAAAGAUCAGAACAUGUUACAACAGAACUUAAUGAUGAUAAGUCUCUCGAUUUGUAUUCAGUCAUAUUUAGUCAUAUUAUCUAAUACCACUGUAAUUCCUUGCCCCUGAAUGUUGUAAUGAGAGGAAGCCAUCAGGUAUUGAUUGGUAUUUCCCAACCCUGUCCCCAGUGAUGAGAGAAUAGCCAUCAGGUAUUGAGUGGUAUUUCCCCACCCUGUCCCCAGUGAUGAGAGGAUAGCCAUCAGGUAUUGAGUGGUAUUUCCCCACCCUGUCCCCAGUGAUGAGAGGAUAGCCAUCAGGUAUUGAGUGGUAUUUCCCCACCCUGUCCCCAGUGAUGAGAGGAAAGCCAUCAGGUAUUGAGUAGUAUUUCCCCACCCUGUCCCCAGUGAUGAGAGGGUAGCCAUCAGGUAUUGAGUGGUAUUUCCCCCUCCUCCCCCACCCUGUCCCCAGUGAUGAGAGGAUAGCCAUCAGGUAUUGAGUGGUAUUUCCCCACCCUGUCCCCAGUGAUGAGAGGAUAGCCAUCAGGUAUUGAGUGGUAUUUCCCCGCCCUGUCCCCAGUGAUGAGAGGAUAGCCAUCAGCUAUUGAGUGGUAUUACCCCACCCUGUCCCCAGUGAUGAGAGGAUGGCCAUCAGGUAUUGAGUGGUAUUUCCCCACCCUGACCCCAGUGAUGAGAGGGUAGCCAUCAGGUAUUGAGUGGUAUUCCCCCCUCCUCCCCCACCCUGUCCCCAGUGAUGAGAGGAUAGCCAUCAGGUAGUGAGUGGUAUUUCCCCACCCUGACCCCAGUGAUGAGAGGAUAGCCAUCAGGUAUUGUGUAGACACACUAAAGGACUUCUGUCCAUCUUGGAUUAAUCUCAGCUGAUACUCAGAGCCCACCUUCUAUUUAAAAUGGCCUUUGUUUAAUUCCAAGCUGGAAAUCUUGAUCCAUGUCACAAAUAAUAAGUGCAUGUUACCCUGAUACAUUGAACUCAAUUAUUUAAUUUAAAUUACUCUUCCCCAGAGUUAAUAGAACAAUAUUGCUAUUGCUUUGAAUUAUCAUAUGAUUUGUAGAUAUAGGAAAGUUUAGCCAUACAUUAUGUUGUUGUUUAUUGUCUGUAAUCUAUGAGCGAUGUGACUGCUCAAGUGUUGUGACAAACUAUGUCUCUGAUCCCAACGAAUUGACACAGUUGUUUUUUAACUAAUAAAUAGAUGGCCAGUGAUCAAAACUAGAACUAGAAAAGUGUAGUUUGCUUGAAGUGAAAGUAUAUAUCAGUAUUAUAUCUGUAUGUAAGUCCUUUGUGAGACACCAUACAUGUUAACUGUGCAAUCGACCAGGUCACAUUGUAACUUGGGUGUAAUGUGCUCCCACCUUUCUCAAAAUCCACCUCUACUGUGACGUCCUACUAAAGUAAAGUGUUUAGUGUCUGACAAGGCCUUCACUCCCUACUGAAGUAAAGUGUUUAGUGUCUGACCAGGCCUUGACUCCCUACUGAUGUAAAGUGUUUAGUGUCUGACCAGGCCCCGACUCCCUACUGAUGUAAAGUGUUAAGUGUCUGACCAUGUCAGGACUCCCUACUGAAGUAAAGUGUUUAGUGUCUGACAAGGCCUUGACUCCCUACUGAAGUAAAGUGUUUAGUGUCUGACAAGGCCUUGACUCCCUACUGAAGUAAAGUGUUUAAUGUCUGACCACGCCUUGACUCCCAACUGAAGUAAAGUGUUUAGUGUCUGACCAGGCCCCGACUCCCUACUGAAGUAAAGUGUUUAGUGUCUGACAAGGCCUUGACUCCCUACUGAAGUAAAGUGUUUAGUGUCUGACCAGGCCUUGACUCCCUACUGAAGUAAAGUGUUUAGUGUCUGACCAUGUCAGGACUCCCAACUAAAGUAAAGUGUUUAGUGUCUGACCAGGCCUUGACUUUCCACUGAAGUAAAGUGUUUAGUGUCUGACAAGACCUUGACUCCCUACUGAAGUAAAGUGUUUGGUAUCUGACCAGGCCCGACUCCCUACUGAAGUAAAGUGUUUAGUGUCUGACCAUGUCAGGACUCCCUAUUGAAGUAAAGUGUUUAGUGUCUGACCAGGCCUUGACUCCCUACUGAAGUAAAGUGUUUAGUGUCUGACCAGGCCUUGACACCCUACUGAAGUAAAGUGUUUAGUGUCUGACCAGGUCUUGACUCCCUACUGAAGUAAAGUGUUUAGUGUCUGACCAGGCCUUGACUCCCUACUGAAGUAAAGUGUUUAGUGUCUGACCAGGUCUUGACUCCCUACUGAAGUAAAGUGUUUUAGUGUCUAACCAGGCCUUGACUCCCUACUGAAGUAAAGUGUUUAGUGUCUGACCAGGCCUUGACUCCCAACUGAAGUAAAGUGUUUAAUGUCUGACCACGCCUUGACUCCCAACUGAAGUAAAGUGUUUAGUGUCUGACCAGGCCCCGACUCCCUACUGAAGUAAAGUGUUUAGUGUCUGACAAGGCCUUGACUCCCUACUGAAGUAAAGUGUUUAGUGUCUGACCAGGCCUUGACUCCCUACUGAAGUAAAGUGUUUAGUGUCUGACCAUGUCAGGACUCCCAACUAAAGUAAAGUGUUUAGUGUCUGACCAGGCCUUGACUUUCCACUGAAGUAAAGUGUUUAGUGUCUGACAAGACCUUGACUCCCUACUGAAGUAAAGUGUUUAGUGUCUGACAAGGCCUUGACUCCCUACUGAAGUAAAGUGUUUAGUGUCUGACCAUGUCAGGACUCCCUAUUGAAGUAAAGUGUUUAGUGUCUGACCAGGCCUUGACUCCCUACUGAAGUAAAGUGUUUAGUGUCUGACCAGGCCUUGACACCCUACUGAAGUAAAGUGUUUAGUGUCUGACCAGGUCUUGACUCCCUACUGAAGUAAAGUGUUUAGUGUCUGACCAGGUCUUGACUCCCUACUGAUGUAAAGUGUUUAGUGUCUGACCAGGCCUUGACUCCCUACUGAUGUAAAGUGUUUAGUGUCUGACCAUGUCAGGACUCCCUACUGAAGUAAAGUGUUUAAUAUCUGACCAGGCCUUGACUCCCUACUGAAGUAAAGUGUUUAAUAUCUAACAAGGCCUUGACUCCCUACUGAUGUAAAGUGUUUAAUAUUUAACCAGGCCCGACUCCCUACUGAAGUAAAGUGUUUAGUGUCUAACCAGGCCUUGACUCCCUACUGAAGUAAAGUGUUUAGUGUCUGACCAGGCCUUGACUCCCUACUGAAGUAAAGUGUUUAGUGUCUGACCAGGCCUUGACUCCCUACUGAAGUAAAGUGUUUAGUGUCUGACCAGGCCUUGACUCCCUACUGAUGUAAAGUGUUUAGUGUCUGACCAGGCCUUGACCCCCUACUGAUGUAAAGUGUUUAGUGUCUGACCAGGCCUUGACCCCCUACUGAUGUAAAGUGUUUAGUGUCUGACCAGGCCUUGACUCCCUACUGAUGUCAAGUGUUUAGCUCCUCUUCCUGAAAGCAUUAUACAGGGGUGACCAUGUCAUAUUCCUGGGAUGGACAAAAACACCUUCACUUCAUUCAGGUUUUACACACACUUACACUAAUUGAACACACUGGGCAGCCUGCAACAAAUGGGAAAUAUAUUAAACUGUUGAGCUCCUCCUUCAGAGAAAGAUACUGUAUGUCUUGAAGCAGUGUCAGAAAAGAAUGUCAUCCUGAUUAACAAAUCACCAGAUGAGUACUAUUUGUUAUGGUGUCUUUAGUUGGCGUAUACGGUGUCAUAUUGGGUGAGCAGAAAAAUAUUGGGUGAGGUGUGAGCCAAGUCCAAUAUUUUUCUGCUAACCUGAUAUAACACGGGAUACUGCAAUAAAAGACACCAUAACAAAUUUAUUAUGCCGAAAAGUUUACACUAUUUGGUAUCUUUGUCGGACAUGUCAUGUCAAAAUGGAAACUUGACACUUAUAACUGGUAUAAAUGACAGGACCAGUACAUAUGUUUCCGAUACAACGAUUUAAUGUAAACACAAACAUUAACAGUGGAAUAUAUAAUGCACUAAAUGUGAACAUUUAAACAAGUAUCAUAGUUUUAAUGGAUAGAAUUAUCUGAGAAAUCUGCCGGCCUCUGUAACUUGAGAGCAGCUCACUUUUUCCUAAUGACGGGAUGCUAUCUAUUCUUUUGAUAUGUGGCGUCAUUGGCAUCACGUUUCUUGUUUGUGACGUCAUCCUAUAUUAUGCUCUAUGACGUUGCUAUUUGUAAAUCUGUGACCUCCGCCGCUAGCUUUUUUUCUCUCUAUUUCUUUAUCAAUAAAAACACAAAUGUGGUUUCUUUAAAAAUUAAUGUCUUUGCACAUCACAAUUUAUUAUAUUAAAACAUGAAACAGUGUCCAAUAACGAAUUUCAGUACCAGAAUUUUCAUGUGAAAUAUGUGAGGUGGGUGUUGGAAAAUCCAACAUGGCUGCUACUGACAGUAUAUGGUCUCAUAUUAGGUCAGUAUCAACCAUCUUGGAUUUGUACUAAUGAUUACAGGCUAUAUGGGGUUAGUAGUUCUGCUCUCUGAUUGGUCAAUCUCACUUUAAGGCAUAAUACAGAGUAAUGUCCCUUUGUAUGGAUGGAGGGUCACGUUGUACCCAUCUGAAAUGCAGACUUCCGGUUCAACAGGUUCGGAGUAACAGGGUUUCAGGGUAUACCAAGACACUUUGAAAAUGCAUAUAUAAUUCAUUGUAAUAUUUGGCCACAAACAUUAAAUUGAGUUCUGGGUAUUUAGACAUGAGAUCAUCAAAAACAACAAUGCCUUGUAAGGGUUCGAAUCUCAUUCGAUGUGUUUGGGGAUGGACUUCAUCCCCAAACCUCUUUUUUUAUUUCAAGUUUAAGUUGAUUAUGUCUAUUCAUUGUGUUUCAGGUUAUUUUUAACGAACAGUAAUAGUAUUCAUAUUACUAAACAGGGCUAAGAACAUAGCAUCGUAUUUGUCACUGUUGUCAUGGGUAUUCCAUGUGAGUGAAUCUCAGGCUGAGGGACGUGCAAUACUGCCUGUUAUUAACUACAAUAUUAUUUGUUAAUCCUACCGUGUCUAUCAUAAGAGCCUUUGCUUACCGUGAACUAAUUUGAGUGUAUUGAGAUUGUUAUUAGACACGUAAUGAGAUAUACUUCUUAGGGCCUCGAAAACCCAUAACACGAGGAUAUAGAUAUGCACAUUAGUGUUAAUUAUUUAUUUCCAUUAUUCAGAGUAAUGUGCAUGUCAAGAUUUACUGCAUGGAGGACUGCAAGCUGUCUCUGGUCAUUGUAGUUGAUGUAUAUUUAUUUACCACACAUAAUAAUAUUAUAGGCCUCAUGGUUGUGAUUACUGGCAGUCUUUCUUCAAACUGAAAUAUUGCAUCUAUGUAUUUACUGUUAGGUUGAUAAACAUUAUAACAUUUGUUGUGAGUAGAGGAGUGUUGUAACUACCAUUACAUCCAUCAAACUGGCUGGGACUGCCAAGUUUCCUGAGCCUAGUCCUUCUUUAAGAUAGACAUGACCAAGUCAUCAUCACAUUAAGAUUUACAGAUAAGUAUUCAGCAGAGGAAAGGCUUUAACUAUUUCACAUAAAUCCUUCUCAGGCCACAUGUACUGAUCAUGUGUUCCUUGUUACAAAAUGACUUGUUUGGUCUGUAAUUGUUAUGUUUUAAGUGAAAAUUUAAAUCUAAAUUUGUUUUUUCAAAAAGAUGGUUUUAAAACAAAACAAGUACCUAUUCCUUGAUGUUCUCUUGCCACAGGUUUGAAUUUAAUGUCACCAUUCACAGCCAUGGCAUAUGUUUCUGCCUAAACUAUAUUGUACCUUCUCACUUUUCAGAAAGAGAUUUGUACCGUAUUCGACGUAAUAAGCACCCUGCUCUAAUAAGCGCCCACGGCGAUAUUUGCUAAUAUAUUGGCAAGUGAACAAUCCCAAUCAGCACCCCUUCCGAUUGAUCAAUGUACACAAGAC